UGGCUGUAGUGGCGCUCGGCGCGGGGUCCCGGCGGCUGCGGCGGCGCGCGGGGUCGGCGGGGUCAUGUCGUGGCUCUUCGGCAUCAACAAGGGCCCCAAGGGCGAAGGCGUGGGGCCGCCGCUGCCGGUGCAGCCCGGGGCCGAGGGCGGUGGGGACCGCGGCGCGGGAGACCGGCCGGCGCCCAAGGACAAAUGGAGCAACUUCGACCCCACGGGCCUGGAGCGCGCGGCCAAGGCGGCGCGCGAGCUGGAGCGCUCGCGCCACGCCAAGGAGGCACUGAGUCUCGCCCAGAUGCAGGAGCAGACACUGCAGCUGGAGCAGCAGUCCAAGCUCAAGGAGUAUGAGGCCGCCGUGGAGCAGCUGAAGAGUGAGCAGAUCCGUGUGCAGGCUGAGGAGAGGAGGAAGACCCUGAGCGAGGAGACCCGGCAGCACCAGGCGAGAGCCCAGUACCAGGACAAGCUUGCCCGGCAGCGCUAUGAGGACCAGCUGAAGCAGCAGCAACUUCUCAACGAGGAGAAUCUACGGAAGCAGGAGGAGUCCGUGCAGAAGCAGGAGGCCAUGCGGCGAGCCACUGUGGAGCGGGAGAUGGAGCUGCGCCAUAAGAACGAGAUGCUGCGGGUGGAGGCUGAAGCCAGGGCCAGGGCCAAGGCCGAGCGGGAGAACGCGGACAUCAUCCGGGAGCAGAUCCGGCUGAAGGCCGCUGAGCACCGCCAGACCAUCCUGGAGUCCAUCAGAACAGCUGGCGCCCUCUUCGGUGAAGGCUUCCGUGCCUUUGUGACAGACUGGGACAAGGUGACAGCCACGGUGGCCGGGCUGACGUUGCUGGCGGUCGGAGUGUAUUCUGCCAAGAACGCCACGGCUGUCGCAGGCCGCUACCUGGAGGCCCGGCUGGGGAAGCCGUCCCUGGUGCGCGAGACGUCUCGUAUCACAGUGCUGGAGGCCCUGAGGCACCCUGUGCAGGUCAGCCGGCGGCUCCUCAGCAAACCCCAGGAUGCCCUGGAAGGUGUUGUGCUCAGUCCCAGCCUGGAGGCACGGGUGCGGGACAUCGCCAUAGCAACGAGGAACACCAAGAAGAAUAAGAGCCUGUACCGGAACAUUCUGAUGUACGGGCCGCCAGGGACUGGCAAGACACUGUUUGCCAAGAAACUGGCCCUGCACUCCGGCAUGGACUACGCCAUCAUGACGGGCGGGGAUGUGGCCCCCAUGGGCCGGGAAGGCGUGACUGCCAUGCACAAGGUCUUUGACUGGGCCAACACCAGCCGGCGAGGCCUGCUGCUCUUCGUGGACGAGGCAGACGCCUUUCUGAGGAAGCGGGCGACCGAGAAGAUAAGCGAGGACCUCAGGGCCACCCUGAACGCGUUCCUGCACAGGACGGGCCAGCACAGCAGCAAGUUCAUGCUGGUCCUGGCCAGCAACCAGCCAGAGCAGUUCGACUGGGCCGUCAAUGACCGUAUCGACGAGCUGGUGGGCUUUGAGCUGCCACGGCGGGAAGAGCGGGAGCGCCUGGUGCGGAUGUACUUCGACAGGCACAUCCUCAAGCCGGCCACGGAGGGAAAGCAGCGGCUGAAGCUGGCCCAGUUUGACUACGGGAAGAAGUGCUCAGAGGUGGCCCGGCUGACGGAGGGCAUGUCGGGCCGAGAGAUCGCCCAGCUGGCUGUGGCCUGGCAGGCCAUGGCGUACGCCUCUGAGGACGGGGUCCUCACCGAGGCCAUGGUGGACGCCCGCGUGCAGGACGCCAUCCGGCAGCACCAGCAGAAGACAGAGUGGCUGAAGGCCGAGGGGUCGCUGCCCGGGGCCAGCCCCCACCCCAACCCCUGAGCCCACAGGACUGGGCGGGGCUCGGACCCCAGCCUUUGCAGCAGCCGCCCUUUCCCUCUGGGGGCCUCCUUCCUGCCCCUGGGGAGAGGCGUCCCCAGGCCCCCCCCACCUGGGCCCCCCAGGCACAGCAGGUGCUAGCUACACCCCCAAUGGGCUGCAGGAUUGGGGUCUGCUGUGGGAGGGCUAGGCCGGGGGCAGGACCCACCGGGACACCAGGCGGGUGGCCUGGGCCCUCCCCGGGGCGUGUGGGGCCUGCUGGCUGUGCCCGGGGCCUACUGCUCCCCCAGGGCUGGAGCUGGGGUCUUUUUAUCAGAACUGAAUAAAGCCAUCUGA